UCAACAUGGUAUCCCUGAAGCUCAGCGCAUUUGCGCUUUUUGCAUUGAAGGCCAUUUCUGCCUACGCUCAGAUCGUAGAGGAGAUUGAGGAUCCUGAUGUCCAGCAGACUCCUAAGUUGAACGUCGCCGUCUCGGUUUCCUUCCCCAACUCUGAGGUCUUUGGCGUCAAGCUCGUCAAUGGCCACGCGACCAACGCCAUCCUGUCCAUCGCCAACCAUGAGACCACCCCCGUCCACCUUCGCUUCGUUGGUGGCUCCCUCGUGAGCCCCAAGACCAUCAGCAACUUGACUCUCAGCAAGUACGACCUUCUGGUUCCUGCUGGCGAGAAGGAGACUGCCACCUACAGCUUCGCUACCGAGAUGCANCCCCAGGACUUGACCCUCAACUUGGCCGCCGUCUUCCAGGACAACGCUGGAAUGCUGCACACCUACCCUGCUUUCAACGGUACCGUCUCUGUUGUCGAGGCCCCCAUGAGCUUCUUCGACCCUCAGAUCAUCUUCCUCUACCUCGUCCUCACCGGUGUCUUCGCUGGUACCGUCUACUUCAUCUACAACACCUGGAUCACCACCUUCUUCCCCCAGAAGAAGGGUCGCGGCAAGGGUGGUGAGCGUGCCAAGCGCUCGUCAGGCGGCACCAAGAAGGUCGACCCCGCCGACCAGGUCAGCGUUGUCGGUGCCGAUGGCCCUGCUGUCACCAGCGGUGCUAAGGCAUACGACGAGUCGUGGAUCCCUGCCCACCACUUGUCUCGCCCUCAGGCCAAGCGUGUUGCUUCUGGCGCCAAGCCCAGAUCGAGAAGCAGACCUGCCGCA